AUGAGCCUCUCUCUGUGGUUGUUCCAGGCCACGCUGUGCUCCCACAGAAGUUCCCUCCGGGCGCUCGUGUUCCAGCUGAGGUCAGACAGUGAGGAGCUCCAGCAGGUGGUUUCCUCCGUCCUCAGGAACCUGUCGUGGAGAGCAGACAUCAGCAGCAAGAGGGUCCUGCGAGAGAUACACUGUGUGUCUGCUCUGAUGAGCUGUGCACUGCAGGCCACCAAGGAGUCCACCCUGAAGAGCCUGCUGAGUGCCCUGUGGAACCUGUCUGCUCACAGCGUAGAGAACAAGUGCAGUGUGUGUGCAGUAGGGGGCGCUCUGGGCUUCCUGGUCAGCACCCUCACCUACCGCUGCCAGACCAACUCCCUCGCCAUCAUCGAGAGCGGCGGCGGCAUCCUCAGGAACGUGUCCAGCCUCAUCUCCACCAGGGAGGACUACAGACAGGUGCUGCGUGAGCACAGCUGUCUGCAGAUCCUGCUGCAGCACCUGCGCUCACACAGUCUGACCAUCGUAGGAAACGCCUGUGGGACUCUGUGGAACCUGUCGGCUCGCAGCCUGAAGGACCAGGAGCUGCUGUGGGACCUGGGCGCCGUGAGCAUGCUCCGUAACCUCAUCCACUCCAAACACAAGAUGAUCGCCAUGGGCAGCGCGGCGGCCCUGAGGAACCUGCUCGCCAACCGCCCGCUCAAGUACAAGGACACAGCGGUGGUGUCGCCCGGCUCCUGCGUACCUUCGCUCUACAUGAGGAAGCAAAGGGCUCUGGAGGCCGAGCUCGACGCCAAACAUUUAGCCGAGACCUUUGACACCAUCGAGAAGCAAAGCCCCAAACACAUGACGCUCCACAAGCGCCACAUGGAGAGCCUCGCCAAGGACUACGCCUCCGACUCGGGCUGUUUCGACGAUGACGAAGGCCCCGUCAUGUCCAGCAGUUUGGAGACGGGGAGUUUCUCCAUGAUGUCCAUGUUCCUCUCCAACUCAAACCUCAUCCAAACUCAGGCGCAGAAGCAGCAAAGCAAAGCAGAGAGAGACAAAGAGCUGCCGCAGAAGAUGCGUCCGGGCGCUGCUUCUGAAGACGGCGUUGUGUCAGCGGCGGCGGAGAAGUUGGCAAAGAAAAUCACAAACACGGUCGCCAAAAUUGACAGAUUAGUGGACGACAUCACCAUGCACACGUCGUCCGAGGACAGCUUAAGCCUCAGCUCCGAGGACCACCUGGCAGACUGGCCCUACAGCAUGGACGAGCUGAACGAGGGCAGAGCCAUGUCCUGUUCUCCCUGCAGGUUCUCCGACAGCAGCAGCCUCGUACAGAGAGACCGCCUGAGCCGUGCACAUGCGCUGUUACGCCUCAAGGCGGCGCACUCCAGCGUCUCCACCGACAGCCUGAACAGCGGCAGCAGCGACGGAUACUGUGGAAGUAAAGAUCAUGUGGUGUUCCAGCAGCAACGACCAAACCAGCUGGACCUGAAGGUAGCGCACGAUCAGCUGUUGAAUGUCAUAAACACUGUUCAAAAUGAAACGACCGAACAACAAAUCCCAGAGAGAGACACAAUGGGAAAUGAGGAGGUCACAACGCAAGACUUUAACCUGACAGAAGCCGAGAGAAACGUGGAGCAGCCGCUUCACUCUCCGCUCAGCGCGUCCACCAAGAUGUCCUCAGACGUCAGCAUGACUUCCAUAAAGCUCUCUCCCACGUAUCAACAAGUGCCGCUAAUCCAGAGCGUGGCCAAGUUUGGCGUCGCAAAGACGGCCAUAAACGUGCAGGCGGCUCAGGCCAUGAGGAGACAGGCCUGGGUCCCGACCGCCAUGACGGGCGGCAGCAUCAGCAAGUUCUCUCCAAUGACGUCCUCCAGAAGCCCCACCAUCGGCCCCAUGGAGACGCUGCAGAAGUACUCUGUGGAAAACACGCCCAUCUGCUUCUCGCGCUGCAGCUCUCUGUCCUCGCUCUCGUCCGGAGACGGGGACGGAGCGCUGGACCUGCAGAGCGAAGGCGAACUGGACUCUGAUUCAUCGUUGGAGAUAAUCGAAGUGGAGGACGGACAGGUGGUGAAGCGGCCGCAGGAAGACGAGACGCUGGAGGAUCUAAGCGACAGCCAGCUGCUCGUCACUGACUCCAAAGAGAGUGUCCUGAUCCCGUGUUCCGCCAAACGAGAGAAAGUGUUCCUCCGCAGCUCGCAGAUCCUCGAGGACCGCUCUCCCUCCAGCUCCUCUGAAAACUACAUCCACGAGACGCCGCUGGUGAUGAGCCGCUGCAGCUCCGUCAGCUCGUUGGGGAGUUUCGAGGCUCCGUCCAUCGCCAGCUCCAUCCUCAGCGACCCCUGCAGCGAGAUGGUGGACGGGACCAUCAGCCCGAGCGAUUUACCCGACAGCCCCGGUCAGACCAUGCCCCCGAGUCGCAGCAAGACGCCAUGUUACGGCGAACAGAACAUCCCCGAGAUGCAGCCCAUGGGUCAGUGGGAAACUAGCAUACGCAAGUUCAUGGAGAUCACGGACUCAAAGGAACGAUUCAACCCUUCAGAUUUGGACACAAUGAUUUACUUCACGGUAGAGAAACCGACAGAAAACUUCUCCUGCGCCUCCAGCCUGAGCGCGUUACCGCUUCACGAACACUACAUUCAGAAAGACGUGGAGCUAAAGCUAACGCCGCUGCUUCAACAGAGCGAUGCUAACUGCUGCUACGAAGGCGAGGGGCACGGGCGCUACAGCGAAGGGAACUCUGACGACGACAUCGAAAUCCUGAAGGAGUGCAUCAACUCAGCCAUGCCGACGCGCUUUAGGAAGCUGCGGCCUUCGCUGAUGACCGUGCCGCCACACAUGCUCAACCCGCAGAUAAGGAAGCAGAUGCAGCUUCCUGUUUACAUGCUGCCCAACGGGAAAACACAGAUCUAUCACGGGAGACAGAUCGUGAUGCCGCAGAGAGAGUUUGAAGAUUCAGAUUCGGCUGAAAACACGGCGGUGAACUUCUCCAGCACAACGUCGCUCAGCGACGAGACGCUGCAUUACUCUGUGAAGGAGAGAGGCGCCAAAGACUGCACCGCCAACGGCCUGAAGGAGCCGCUGGACGACGACGCCAAACGCAUUGAGGACUUACGGAUCUUCUCCCACUUUCACAAACCGAACAGACCGAGCUACCAGCCCGACAUCCAGCUCACGCGGAUGAGCAAACACGUGGUGCCGACGCAGAGGGUUCUGAUGCAGAGCAAAGAGGUGGCGGACCGAGUGGCGAACCAGAGGAACCAGUCGCCCAUUCAGCAGCGCAAAAUGCAAGUGCGCAAAAUGGAGCUCCCUGUCAUCAAACACAGCUCUGACAGUAACUUAACCACACGCUGCCAGAGCGAGCGCACGUUUCAUCACAAACGGAACUCAUCCGAAGACAGCAACAGCUUUUAUGAAGAGCGGGAACUCGCCAAGCGCCCAACCAGGAAGCAGCUGCGGGAGGCUAGCAGGAGCUCGCUGUCUAAAAGCAUGACCAACAUAGGACGCAUAGAGAGCUGCCAAAAGGCAGGAGGCUUUCAUCGCCUUAAGCAAAACUUGAUCAAAGAUGAAUCCGCAGGAUGCUACUCUCUCAGCUCCUCUCUGAGCUCCCUCAGCGACGCUGAGUUUGAAGACCACAAGAACAAAGCGCAGCAAGUGUGGUUUAAAAAUAGACACAACAAAAGCGUGACUCAGCACAACAAAUCGAUGCUCAUCCACAGCCCGUACGAGGAGCAGAGCUCGCCCAGUUCCGUCAGCUUGGAUUCUGAGGACGACCUGCUGCAGAGGUGCAUCACGUCCGCCAUGCCCAAGCAGCGCCGCAAGAUGUCGACGCGGAAGAAGAAGGCGGAGAAGCAGCGGCAGCGCUGUGUGGACGUGUGGAGCAUCAAUGAGGAGCUGGACAGUGACGACGCGGCCUGGGACCAAGACUCGGAUCUGAACAGUGUGGAGUGGAGAGCCAUUCAAGAAGGAGCCAACACGGUGGUGACAGGGCUCCAGGCCUCCAAGUCUCAGGAGCCGUCAUCGGAGGAGACGGAGUCGGUGCUUUCCUUCAUGUCUACAUCCAGCUUCACGCCCAAAGAGCGAAAGUUUGCAAAAGACAAGAAGCCAAACAAACCGCUGGACUUUGCGCAGCGCAAACCGGUGCCAAAUCUUCCCGUGGUGUUCAGGGGAAGGACGGUGAUCUACACGCCCAAGAAGGAAGACCCGCCCUCACAGAGACCUCCCCCCAGGAAGACCUCGCACCAAACAGACUCGCCCAAGAACCCCCAACUGGCACAGCACAGAUCCAAGAGCCUGCACAGACUAGGGCGACCUCAGGACACGGAGUGGUGUUUGCCAAAGCGCAGCUCAACUCCGCCCCCACGGAUCCCAAAGAGCUCCUCCUCCGGAUCCUCUUCGAGCUCGACUCCGUCUAAAACUCCCCAGAAGAAGAUCACGUCCCCGGUUCAAACGCAUAAACCAGUGCAGAAGAAGACGCCCCCGCCUAGCGUCAGUCCACCGGCCUCUAGUCCUCCGGAGAGGAGGGGGCGCUCUCCCGUUGUCAACGACAAGUCACCGCCGCCAAAGACACAGAAGUCACCAGUGCGCAUUCCAUUCAUGCAGGCGGGAAGACAGCAGCGGCCUCUGUCUCCACUUGUGACCAAUCAAACCGUGAGGCCGAGUAAUAACAACCAACCAAGCACACGAAAGACUCAGAACCGGUUUGAUCUGGUGCGAAUGACGUCCGAGCAUUCGAGCAGCGGAGAAUCAGGAAGAAACGGAUUUAUGAGGCAGCUCACGUUUAUCAAAGACGCAAAGACGGGAUUAAGGCGGAAGAACACUCCCGGCUCUCAGCACGGCUCCCCUCAGCGGGCCCCUGCGGUUUUCCUCUGCUCCUCGCGGUGCCAAGAACUAAAGGUCUCAGUGCAGCCCCCGAAGAGACCGCAGACCAAGACUCCCCCUGCUCCACCCAAACAGCAACAAAAAGUCAGCACCGCGACUGAGAAGAGAAACGGCAACUCUCGAGCGAUUUCCAACAAAAGAGAUGUCGCUGCUCGGCGCCCGGCGAGACGCACCAGCUCCGAGAGCCCGAGCCGAGCCGCGCAGCUCAACGCAUCGCACCGAGCGCCCGGCGGCCGCACAAACCCACCGCCGAGCGACACGUUCAAGAGACACGCCUCGUCUCCGAGCAUCAACGUCCUGAGCCGCGUCACCAGCCGCUCGUCCUCCUCCGACUCCAGCGGCCGAGCCCAGAGCGAGCGCGACGACUCCAGGAAGAAAAGUGGGAAGUGGAGGAAGAGCGACGGCCGCGGGACCUGGCGCCGCAUCCGAGACAAAGACGUGUCGCAGAUUCUGAAGAGCACGCUCCCUGAGAACGCUCUGCCCCUGGUGCCAUCGCCCACAGAGGAGCUGCCCCCCCCACACAGACCCCCCCCACACAGAGGCCUGCCGGGGAAGCUGCCCACCAUCCUCCUGGAGUCCAGGAAGACCAGCGACGCCACGGUCCAAACCGAGGACAGCUCUGCGGCGCUGAAGGCGGACUCGGAGGUGGAGGCUCCGGUGCUUUUCCGACAGGGUUCUCCGAGCAAAUCUGCCAGAGUCACGCCCUUUAACUACAUCCCGAGUCCGAGGCUGGCACAAGAAACACUCAGCGAGAAACAGGAAGAGAAGAAUGAGCCGUAG